AUGGACUGCACCUACAAGACCAACAGAUACCACUUCCCGUUACUCGACAUCAUCGGGGAGUCUUCGGUUGGCAAAAGUUUCUAUGUCGGGCUUGCCUUCAUAGCCAAUGAGCGAGAGCCAGCCUACACACAGGUGCUCCGGUGGCUACAAGGGCUUCUUGACCAGCAGCAAAUCCCUUACCCGAAGACGAUCAUGACCGAUAAAGAGAAGGCGUUGCGGAAUGAAGUCUGA